GAAGAUAUUCAAAGAAUGAAGGAAAUCGGUUAUAGAGCUUUCAGAUUUUCAAUUUCAUGGUCUAGAAUAAUACCCAGUGGGAGAAUACGUGACGGAGUAAAUGAGCAAGGAAUUGAAUUUUACAACAAUCUUAUAGAUGAAAUCAUAAGCAACGGAAUGAUGCCCUAUGCAACUAUUUUCCAUUGGGAUACUCCUCAAGCUCUAGAAGAUAAAUAUGGUGGCUUUCUAAGCUCUGAAAUUGUGGAUGAUUUUUAUGAUUAUGCGGAUCUUUGCUUCAAAAAUUUUGGCGAUAGAGUGAAGUAUUGGGUUACUAUAAAUGAACCAUGGUCUUUAGCAUCAUUUGCAUAUGAUUCAGGAGAACAUGCCCCUGGCCGAUGCUCGGAUUGGGUGAAUCGAGCAUGCUCUGGUGGUAACUCAGCCACCGAACCUUAUAUAGUUUCCCAUAAUUUACUCCUUAUCCAUGCAACAGCCGUUGGUUUAUAUAAGAAAAAGUAUAAGGAAUCACAAGGUGGUAAGAUUGGGAUAACACUAAACUCAAUGUGGUUUGAGCCAUACUCCAAUAGCGCAGUUGAUAAACAGGCAGCAAGAAGAGCCCUUGAUUUCAUGUUAGGCUGGUUUAUGGAUCCAAUAACCUAUGGUCAAUACCCAAGAAGUAUGCAAACUUUAGUUGGAAAUAGAUUGCCAAAAUUCAUGAGUAAUGAAUCCAAAUUGCUCAAAGGAUCGUAUGAUUUUAUUGGGUUAAAUUACUACACGGCAACUUUUGCAAAAGGAAAUGCUAUUAUUGAUCCAAGUAGACCUAGAUAUUCAACUGAUCAUCAUGUUAUUCAAAUUGAAAAAUAUUUAAUCAAAACAGAAAGAGAGGUAACAUAGAGAAUAAAUUUGCAGGGUUACUCACAUUGGAUGUACGUUUAUCCGAAAGGCAUUCGAUAUCUUUUGAACUAUAUCAAAGAUGAAUACAAAGAUCCAAUUAUUUAUGUUACCGAAAAUGGGGUUGAUGAGCCCAAUAAUAAAAAGUUAACCCUGAAACAAACCCUUAAGGAUCGUGUGAGGAAAGAAUAUUAUCAAGCCCAUCUUUGGAAUGUACUCAGAUCUAUCAAUGAAUAUAAAGUUAAAGUGGAAGGCUACUUUGCUUGGUCAUAUUUAGAUAACUUUGAAUGGAGUGAAGGUUACACUUCAAGAUUUGGUUUGAUCUAUGUAGACUAUGAUAAUAACCUAAGAAGACAUCUCAAGGAAUCAGCGAUUUGGUUUGAGAAAUUCCUCAAAGGACUUUUAAUCCCUUCUCUGGAACAAAGGAAUAAUACUUUCAAUCGUAAUUUAUUCCCGGUUAACUUUAUUUUUGGGACAGCUACUUCUGCUUAUCAGAUCGAAGGUGAAGCAAACACAAAAUGCAGAGGCCCUUCAACAUGGGACACAUUCACUCGUGAUUUUCCAGGUUUGUCUUUCUAUCUACAUAUUGAAUUUUUCCUUCAUUCAUAA